UCACUCUUCCUUAAUCCUCCAUCACAUUCAUGGUGGUGUUACUGAAACCGAAGAUAGUAGAUGACGAGAAAGGUUCAUGGCGGAGAAGCAUCCCAGACCCAGACAAAUCGGAUAAUGGUUAGAAACAUGACACCAAAGUACUAGAAAGAAAAAAGAAAAAAGAAAAAAGUAGAAAGCAAGAACAACGCAACCACCUUUUUUUAUUUUAUCUAUCAGGGGGGGGUUUGUUGUCGUUUACUAGUUAAUACCUCUUUUGGGUGUUACCAUAUACACAUAUAUACAUAUAUUGGUGUGGUUGUUUGUUCCUCUAUCCUUUGUAUCUUGUCUUGAGCCGCAUGUUGUUCGAUUUGAAUGCCCAACACAACCGAAUAGCCUCUUUCUUCUGUUUCUGUUCCUUCGACCAUGUCGCUAAAGAGGCGCCCCGAUGAUGGCAAGACUCCUGAUGAUAAGCGUAGAAAGCCUCCUCCUUUCUCCAGUGUGGUGCGCGAGGUGAUGAAGUUACAAUCUGUCAGGAAUUUGCUGGAGCCAAUUUUAGAGCCCUUGGUUCGUCGAGUGGUUAAGGAGGAAAUCGAAGUGGCCCUAAGGAAGCAUUUAACCAGCAUAAAACAGACCUGUGGAAAGGAGAUGCUCACUACUGAGUCAAGAAGUUUGCAGCUGCAGUUUGAUAACAACAUUUCUCUUCCUGUCUUUACUGGGGCUCGAAUUGAAGGAGAGGAUGGCUCCAACUUAAGGAUAAGUUUAGUUGAUGCCCAAACAGCGAAGAUUGUUACUACAGGAUCUGAAUCUUUAGCUAAGGUAGAAAUUGUAGUCCUCGAGGGUGAUUUUGAAGAAGAAAGUGACAUUUGGACACCUGACGAGUUCAGGAGCAAUAUUGUGAGAGAGAGGGAAGGAAAAAAGCCCCUCCUUACAGGAGAUGUAAUUUUAUAUCUUAAAGAUGGGAUUGGUAUGGUGAGUGAAAUUUCAUAUACAGAUAAUUCAAGCUGGACAAGGAGCCGUAGGUUCAGGCUUGGGGCAAGAGUUGUGGACAACUUUGAUGGUAUUAGAAUAAGAGAAGCAAAGACAGAGUCAUUUAUUGUCAGGGAUCACCGAGGAGAAUUGUACAAGAAACACCACCCUCCUAGUCUGUCUGAUGAAGUUUGGAGACUGGAAAAGAUAGGAAAGGAUGGAGCUUUCCACAAGCGUUUGAGUCGGGAAAAGAUCUUUAAUGUUAAAGAUCUUCUCACACUUCUCAAUCUGGAUCCAGCAAAGCUGCGCAAUAUAUUGGGUACUGGGAUGUCAACAAAGAUGUGGGAAAUAACUGUGGAGCAUGCUCGAACUUGCACACUUGACACGGCGAGGUUAGUGUACUUCCCUUCUCAUUCUCAACAGAAAUCUGGUGUGGUCGUCAAUGCUGUGGGACAAGUGACAGGGCUACUCUCUGAAUGCGAGUAUGUCCCAGUAGAUAAGAUGUCUGAAACUGAAAAGGCUGAUGCUCAAAACUUGGUUAUUUCUGCAUAUAACCAAGGGGAGACUUUUACCUUUUGUGAUGAUGAAGGCUCUCUGAUGAAUGGAUCUUCAAAGUUGACUAAUGUACUUUACUCCCCAAGUUCUCCGAGGACCGAGGGAUCAAGCGCCAACAAGCUUUUGGCUCCUCAAAAGAGUGGGGGAUUCAAUUACACACAAGCAAGUGCCUCUUCUCCAGAUAUCAUGUCAUCCAUAUAUUCUGUUGGAACUAGUGGCUUAGAUGACUAUUGCUUGCCUAAUUUUGACAGCAUGGGCCUUAGAUAUGAUCAUACUCUUAGUUUUCCAGCCCAAGUCUCCAACUCUUUGAUCUGUGACACGGAUCCAAUGGCCCAUGUUUUUAGUGAUGAAGAUCAUCUGCAAUUUUUUGAUACUGAUCUUCAAUCUCAGUGCCACAUUGAAGCAGAUUUACAGAGUGCUGUUGAUAGCUUCAUGCGGGCACAUUCUACACCCAUGGUCAAUUGUAAAGCUAAGAGGAGAUGGAGAAAGUUAUUCAACGUUCUAAAAUGGUUCAUGGUGAGCAAACGAGGACCCCAAAGAUACAGGUAAAACUUAAAAGGUUGUGAAGAGCAUGAAGGUUCAGUUACAAUUGUACAUUGUGUUGAUGAAUGCAGCCCAAAAAAUUCUGUUCAGUUUUUAGAGAAAAGUUAUGGUUUCUCUUAGAUGUAAAUACAUCUUCUAUGCAUUGGCUCUUAUAGCUCGCCAGAGGUCAUAGAGUUGCUCUUCCCUUUAAUUUGUCAGAUAUUUGGUUGUAAAUACUUUUAUUUUACAGUCAGGAGAGGAUUUCUGCUUGUUGGCAGAUGCUUAGUAAGGUAGUAGUAGUAGUAGUAGUAGUAAUUUCAAGAUCCAGCGACCUUUAUUCUGGAUCAUAUUUUUGUAAUCAUGCUUUGUCCAACAAAAUCAGAUUUUCACCUUUUGAAUGUUGAUCAAGUAGAAUCAAUGAU